AUGUCUGAAAGCACCAAGAGAUAUCACAGUCCUCCAACUGGUGCUACACAUGGAAAGAAACCACCAAAAAGGCAUAUGCAAGAAAAUGUAAAAAAGACCACAAGGAAAUCUUCGUUUCAAACUGGGACUGUAAUUAAAAAAAAGGGAGAAUCUGUAGUUUCUGUGUAAUUUUCCUGUUUGUGGGAUAUUCAGCCCACAUGACAUGUCCAGUAGGCUUAAUACAACAUUAAAAUAUAGAAAUAUUGUAGUCCAUUUGGUCAUAUUUUGUAUGCUAUAUGAUAACAAUUCCCAUGAAUUGUUUUAAUUGCUACAGUUGGUUGAAAAUUAUAUAUAUAUUUUUUCAAAUUGACACAGAAUGAAUGGAGUUAUGAUGACAUUUCAUCUUUGGUGGAAUAUGUGGCACUUUAUCAUGCACCAGAUGAAGCUUCUAGUACCGUGUGGCCAACACACAAGAAUGAGCAGUUUUGGAACAAAUGUGCUGAAGCAGUUAACUGUUCCAAUCAACAAACGAAUCGGACUGGUAAGUACUUGAAAAUGCUUAAUUGUUUGUAAAAAAUCAUCAUUAACCCAUUGAGCUGUAAAGCUACCCCAUUGACGAGUAAAAUAGUCUGGUGUUAGACAAGUUUAAAAAAGGUGCACUGGGGCGCACUGCGGCUUAAUGGGGUUAAUUAACAUAUACAAAUGUAAUUAGUGAGUACAUUCCUAAAAAUAUCCCUGUGGCAUUGUAAGUAAUCAAUUAUUGACAUGCUUCUGAUAAGUUUAAAUUUGUGUUUAUUUCCUCAUAGGAGGUGCAUGCCGAGAUAAAGUCAGACGAUUUUUAAAAGAAAAGUUUGAAACAACAGAAGAAGCAGAAGAUGAAUAUAACAUUUGUUAUUUUAAUGUGGGGAAGACAAGUAGCACCUCAAAUGGAUGUCCAGCUGUGAGCCUGCAAGUUCAUAGUGACCAAUUUACCCAGGUACAAUCUCCAUUACUGGGAUUCUCACCAUUGUGCGACACUGAUGUCAUUAAACUUCCUGGAUGUAUACUUGAUGUUUCAUCUGGGUUCAAGAAGUUAACUUCAAGGCAAUGUGAACAACUGCUUGUCCAUUUGUUUCAUGUGUGGAUUAAUAGUACACCAGACUGUCUUAAUUUUGGUACUAUCUUUGUUCCCUAUGACUUCUUGCCACUUGUAAUGAAAGCUAUGAGUGUUUUACAAAGUGCUGGUAAAGAUAACAUCAUAUACCAUGCUACCCGCUGUUUUGGAGAAAAACGCCCUGGAAUGGAUAUUCCAAGACUUCCAUUAGAUAGAAUGCCUUUCAGGCUUAUUGCUCACAAUUUGAAGUUUUUUGCAUCAGACGAUGUAAAGUUUCUUGAACCAUCUGGGGAUUAUAAAUCAUGGUUUCAGAGUUUGUACACUUUGUUUGGGAACAAAUGGGGCAUCCAUGCAUCUUGGAUCAUUGUGGUCAUAUGAGUUAGAGUGUGGAGAUGUAUCUCUGACAAGUAACACCUUGGCAUCAACUGACAUUCUUUCCCAAGCAUUGCAAGAAUCGUUUGGAGAUGAUUUUGAACUUUUAAAUUAAUCUACUGUCAGUUUUGCAAAUGAUUCGGAUGUUGUUGUUGCAGAAAGCAGGGAGAACACAGAAGAUGUGGAUGAAGAUGUCAGUGUCACAAAUAAUUCAGUUCAUGUUGGCAGAAUAAUCAGAGGAGAUCCAUUACAGGUACUGUACAAUGUUGUAUUAAUUAAAGAGAAGGAUACAGUAUUUUCUAUAAACCUACCAAUGAAAACAGGCAAUCUUAAAUUCAGGAAAGCAUGGUACAGUAAGAGCUUUAACAUGCUUUUAACAUUUUUGUUUUUUAUUAAGAAGAUAUAAGUAAAAGAGAACACUAUACUUAUGUAAAUAUGUUUUAACAUGUUACUGUGGAGCGAUUUGAAGAUUGGGAAGGGUACUGAACCAAAAUUCAUAAAUUUUGACAAAUUGGGACCAGAAAUAAACUUGACCAGCCAAUAGGUUUGGUUAAGACAUUAUGACAAUGUCAUGUUUGAAAUGUAAGAGGAAAUAUAUUUCAAGAUGCGAUCAUGAUAGUUCAGCCAGCUUGUACAUUUUAGUGGACUUUACAUUUUAAUUUAUUCACUUUUUAGGAAAAAGUGAAUAUUGCUGGACCUUCUUCACAAACUAUUAGGGGAAUGAACCUUGGUGGUGAUUUCAACAAAAGUGCAAAGAUUCAGGUUGAUACUAGUAUUUGUAUUCAUUGACUGAUGGUCAACAUGAGUACUUGGCCAAUUAAUAUAGUGCUAGCCUAGUAAACAAGGAAAUGAUUAACGCUGUAAUUAUUUGCAAUGCAAAAAUCCUUUAUAUCCAUGUAAAAAAAUGAGUGUGGAAGUGUAUAUAAACAUAACAAAGUCAAAAUUAUAAAUUAAAUACAAUUUAUCACACUUGUUUCCACUGUCAGUCAACAUUACUUGUACAUAUUUAUUCAUUUUAUAUUAUCAUUUUAUAUAUAUAUAUCCAAAUGGAAGGUGGUGGAUCAAAGCUGACGGGAUGGACCUUCAAGAAGGUUUGAGAGAGUCUGUGAAGAACAUAUGGUCAGAUGUGGGUGAUGGUGAUCUGGAGAAACGACAUGCAGAAUACAUAAAUUAUCUGAAAUUUGUAUGUUGUGUUGGAUUAAACAGUCGAGCUCCACUAAAUUGCAUUGAGGAAGAUCUAAAGUUGCAGCUGGCAAAGUUGAAUAAUGAAAGGAAUUCCUGACAUCAGCACAUAUAGAAGCCAAGAAAGUAUAUGAUAAGCUGCGACAAACACCUAGUACCUCUGAGAAUUAAAUGUUUGCUUCUGCAUGGAAUUUGGAUGAGUAUAGUGCUUUACUAAAUAAGUAUCAAUCCUUGAUGCAAUCAGCAACCUCAAUUAUCCAUAUUAUUGAGAGUGGGUGCACCCAUGCUAUGAACAUCCGCAGUGCUGUUUGUUCCCUUCAAAAUAAUUUGGUGGAAUAUGUGAAAGGUACAGUAAUUAAAUACUAAUAGCUAUAUAAUUGUAAAUGUCCAUGUAAUAAAGUUGAUAUGUUCUGUUAUUGAACAGUACUGUUCGCUGCUAUGAUACAGUCAUGUACAGUACAGUGUGAACAAUAAUACACACUAAAACUCCAGUGCUCAUAAUUUAAGUAUGUGGUAUAAAGCCAGGCAUUGUUGAUACUCAAAGGGGGAAUCACAGUUUAUGUUACUUGGUCUUUCCUUGGGUGUGUCAAGCAAGAAGAGGGAGGCUGCUUCACACAUUCUAAUAUUUAUGCUCAGUGAAGAGAAACACAAUUUCAAGCCUUAUGCCAUUCCUGUUUGGGUUGUUAAUUACCAUAGUCUGAUUGAUAAGAAAAUGAGAGAACUGAAUGAAGAAAUGAAAUCGGCCAUGGAAGAUAUUG